UCCCUCUCUUCGUUUUCUCCAUUCCCACAAAUAAUCAAAAAGAAGAAGAAAUAUUUUGUAUAAAAAAAAAGCGAGAGAGAGGAAAUACAUUUGAGAAGAUGCCUCCAACUUUGCCAGAGUUUUCUAGUUCCGUGAAGCUCAAGUAUGUGAAAUUAGGUUACCAAUGCCUAGUCAAUCACUUCCUGAGCCUUCUCCUCAUUCCGAUCAUGGCCGCCAUUGUUGUCGAACUCCUUCGUAUGGGUCCUGAACAGAUCCUCAGUCUCUGGAACUCUCUUCACUUCGACCUUGUCCAAACCCUCUGUUCGGUUUUCCUCGUCAUCUUCAUCUCCACCGUCUACUUCAUGUCCAAGCCUCGGACCGUUUACCUUGUCGACUACUCUUGCUACAAACCACCCCUCACGUGCCGUGUCCCCUUCGCCACGUUCAUGGAACACUCGAGAUUGAUUCUGAAGGACAAUCCCAAGAGCGUUGAGUUCCAGAUGAGGAUUCUUGAACGGUCGGGGCUGGGAGAAGAGACGUGUUUGCCGCCGGCGAUACAUUAUAUCCCUCCGACGAUGGAAGCUGCAAGAGGCGAAGCCCAGAUGGUGGUUUUCAGCGCCAUGGAUGAUCUCUUCAAGAAAACUGGCUUGAACCCUAGAGACGUCGACAUCCUUAUAGUGAACUGCUCUUUGUUUUCUCCGACACCAUCUCUGUCGGCUAUGGUGAUCAACAAGUACAAGUUGAGGAGUAACAUCAAAAGUUUCAAUCUUUCCGGGAUGGGUUGCAGCGCCGGUUUGAUAUCCGUAGAUUUAGCUCGAGAUUUGCUCCAAGUUCAUCCGAAUUCCAACGCCGUGAUCGUUAGCACAGAGAUCUUAACCCCGAAUUACUACAAAGGCAACGACCGGGCGAUGCUUCUCCCGAACUGUCUCUUCCGGAUGGGCGCCGCCGCCAUUCUCCUCUCUAACCGCCGCACUGACAGGUGGAGAGCAAAGUACAGGCUCUGUCACGUGGUCCGCACGCACCGGGGAGCGGACGACAAGUCUUACUGCUGCGUGUAUGAGAAAGAGGACAAGGACGGGAAAGUGGGUAUCAACUUGUCAAAAGACCUCAUGGCCAUUGCCGGUGAAGCCUUGAAGUCUAACAUCACCACUCUAGGUCCUCUGGUUCUGCCGGCAUCGGAGCAGAUCCUUUUCCUUUUAUCCCUAAUCGGUCGGAAAAUAUUCAAUCCGAAAUGGAAACCUUACAUUCCGGACUUCAGGCUUGCCUUCGAGCACUUCUGCAUCCAUGCCGGAGGCAGAGCCGUCAUCGACGAGCUUCAAAAGAAUCUUCAGCUCUCUUCGGAACACGUCGAGGCCUCAAGAAUGACACUUCACCGAUUCGGAAACACUUCUUCCUCUUCCCUUUGGUACGAACUCAGCUAUAUCGAGGCUAAGGGUCGGAUGAGACACGGCGAUCGCGUUUGGCAAAUCGCGUUUGGUAGCGGUUUCAAGUGUAAUUCUGUGGUCUGGAAAUGUAACCGUACGAUCAAAGGGCUUACGGAUGGUCCGUGGACAGACUGCAUCGACCGUUACCCCGUCUAUAUCCCUGAAAUUGUCAAGCUCUGAAAGAAUAAUCUCAACGGUUUGAUCCGGUUUAGAUUUAACUGUAUUCGGUUUAUUUACUUGGGAUCUGAAAUUCCGGUAAGAGACCGGUAUUUGAAAUCCUCGCGCAGCAGUAAUAAUUUGGAUGUAUCAAUAAUACACUUUUUACACCUUUUUUUUUUUUUUUAAUUUUUUAAUCGGGGAUAUUCGAUCUGCCAUUUCAUGUACUUAAUA